UGAUUGGAUGUUUCAAUGUUCUGUACAGGUGAUGUGUGCAACAGAUCAGAUAUAAAUGUAACACGACUUGUCACAGACAGCGGCCGGGACACUGAAGAAACAUUCAAAUAUUGGACCCCCGACACUGGACAGUAUACAAACUCCACAAUGACGAUGCUUUUGAUUAGCCUUGGUCUCGUCUUGUCAUCUGCUGCAGCAGCGACAGUAGCGGCACCAGGGAAAGAAGCGGCACCAACAGCACCAGCGUAUGAGUGGAGAAAUAUCAAUGCAACAUUCCAGGACACAACAAUGCUCCUGAACGUGGCAGUCGGAGAUGGCAUAAUUGAACUUCACUCCCACAAACCGGACAAUGCGAAAGCCUCGUUUAGAGAAACAAGCAACAUCCACGUGUUUUCCAGGCAACUUGUUGCCAUGAGAAAUACCUUGGACAAAGAAUGCUAUGUCAGACAUAUCAUAGAAUCCUUUGAAGAUUUGAAAGAGAAAAUAGCCGGUAUUGAACAGCACGACGCAUCCAAAGGCAAACUCUAUGAAGACUGGAUCGACGUGGCGGACGUUUGCCCCAUCGAGUCGUGGGCUGUGGAGGAGCUCCUGGGAGAUGAGAUCGACUGCUUCUGCCGCUUCCACAAAGUCUACUUCGUCGGUCUCGUACACUCAGGCGCCGAGGAUCCCACAACUCCGUCAAGACGACGCAAACGUGCAGCAGCUCCUCCUGUGGAUGUUGCCAGCGCCUGUGCUUGUCUUCAGUAAGAUCGCUCAGUACUGCUGACUCGUAUUAAUUCUCGAAAUUUAUAUGUACGUCAUAAGACAAAUGUCAAAUGUCAGUGUGGCAAUAAACCAGUAUUUAGACUCA